AUGGCUUAUACUGCUUAUCCUCACUGCCUUCCGGUCGACGUAUAUGAUGGUUAUAUCAACAAUAUCAACGUCAAAUGGAGCCCGACCACAAGAGAAUGGCUCCCUCAAAAGGCCGUAGAUUGUAAAACGUCGGUACAGAUAUUAAAGUCUCUAACUGAGCAUUAUCUUUAUUUGUCUGCUCACCGAAUGGGAAGCACUCAGGUCACUGUUAAGUCAACACCCCAUGACUUUACUAUAGACAGUAAGACUGGCCAGCAAACAGCAGACGGCAUGCAUGUCAGUGGCAGAAUGGUACCAGGUCAAUACCAUGUUCACGUUUAUAUCGAAGGUGUAAACGCGACCACCACACCCUACGAGAGGAUGACCUGGGUAGGAGAAGGUGUAACGAAGGCUGGUAAAAAGGGCAAGCCACCCACUUUCUACCAUAACUUGAGCUGUGGCACCUAUCCUGGGGCGGCAAAUUCCGGGGCCACAAGCACGAGUGGACAUGCCGCGACGUCGGGUUAUACGCAUGUGUCAACUAUGGCAUCCUCAGCGGCUGGCCCGAGUGGUCAAGCAUCGACGUCGAGUUAUUACCCGGCUAAUUAUACGCCUGCAACAGCUACGGCAUACCCAAUCGCCAACGUGACUACUACUGCGACUACAGCUGCCUCCGGAUGGAUAUGGAACAAUGAAUACCAGAAAUACUAUCGUGUUGACCCAAAAACCGGGCUGUCGCAAUGGCAUACUGGUUAA